AUGCCCGAUCACAAUACUCCCGAAGUGUCGAAAAGUGAUGAUUCUGAGCCCUAUUUCUCUAGAGGGCCGGAUACGCUCAAGAUCCCUCUGGUGAUGCACCGAGACCAUCGUCGGAGGUUGGCUGAGGCGAUGCUGAAGGACAAACUGGCACCGGAAGGUACUGUGAUAUUCCUUAGAGGUGGCGAACUCCAAUCUGUGUAUGAUUCUGAUACUGAGUGGGACUUCAAACAAGAAUCAUAUUUUCAGUAUCUCUUCGGUGUGAAGGAGCCGGGCUGUGUGGCGACCGUUGAGCUCGACUCUUCGGCGCCAUAUAAGCACAAGUCCACUUUGUAUGUCCCGCGAUUCGAUGAUGUAUAUGCUACCUGGAUGGGGCCGAUCAAACCGAAGAGUUGGUUCCAAUCUAAGUAUGUGGUGGAUGAAGUGCUUUAUGUUGGCGAAAUCGACUUAUCCAAUGCGAAGGCAACUAUGGAGAUUGAGGGCGUUAAUCGUGAUUCUGGUAUCGCGCACGCUGAGGUGAAUAAGCAAGCGAUAGAGCUUACCAACAAACUGGAUGGAUCAGCAUUGUGGGAUGUGCUUAAUGAGUUGAGGAGUGUUAAAGACGAGGAAGAGAUCAAAAUUAUGGAAUACGCUUGCCUUGUAUCUUCCUCGGCACAUCUCUCGACUAUGAGGGCUUGCUAUGAAGAUCGAGCUAACACUCAUAGGAUGGAAUACAACGCCGUAGCUAACUUCCGUUAUGAAGGCGCUAUGAGAGGCUGCGAACGUGUCGGUUAUGGUUGUAUUGGAUGCGCCGGUACUUCGAACGCUUCCCUUCACUACGGUCAUCCCGCUGAGCCAAACGACAAGAGCGUCCACAGGUCGGAUCUAAGACUGCUCGAUAUGGGAGCUGAGUACCAUUGUUAUACGGCGGAUGUGACAUGUACUUUCCCGACGAGUGGGGAGUUCACUGAGCUGCAGAAGGAAGCUUAUGAAUCGGUUCUGGCGGCGGUACAUGCAGUGGAGAAGAUUCUCAAACCGGGAUUGGAUUACAGGGAUAUGCAUAGGAAAGCUACGAGAGUUAUUGCUGAGGAACUUACCAAGCGUUUGAAUCUUUUUACCGCUCCCAUCGAUAGUGUAUGCGAGGAAGCGUUGGUCGCGCGUUAUCUAAUGCCUCAUGGGCUUGGCCAUAUGUUGGGAUUGGAUGUACAUGAUGUUGCCGGAUACGAGCCGGGUCACUUUAAAGAUAAGGACGACGUUUCUCUCACGGGGUUGAGGUUGGGGAGGGUCGUUAAGGAGGGUUAUGUGCUAACUGUCGAACCUGGAUGUUACUUCAACCCGUAUUUGAUCGACAAGUGGUGCUCGCAUCCUGUUCACUCCAAGAUGGUCAAUGAGACAGUGUUGAGAUCGUUGAUCCCGGUGGGUGGAAUCCGUAUCGAAGAUGAUGUGCUUAUCACUCGGGAUGGAUGCAGGGUUUUGAAUGAUAUACCUCGCAGCGUGGAGGACAUCGAAGCAUUUAUGCAGGGGAAGAUCGAGUGGGUCCCCGGCAAGGGAAAGAGCGAAGUGGCUUAA